AUGGCUGAAUGCCUCGAUAAUUCAGUGGUGCCGAUGCUGUAUGGAUACACCCCACCGGGGGCGAUGAUGCCUCAUGAAUUCAUCAAGUUGCAUAUCACGUGGCCCGGUUACGAUAACUACUCGACGAGCGUGUCGAUCAGGGGGUCUAGCGAGGACUGGCGGCCACUGACCCAUCGUGAAAUCGCGGCGAAGGUAUCUGCUGCAUUUUAUGAAUACAUGAAGGCGAGCACCGCUGGGGUACUGUUGUUUGUGCGUCUGGCCACUGACGGCAGCUUGCAGAUCAUGGCUACCAAGGAGGGAAACACCCAGCUGCUAUUGUCAGGUGUUCGACCUGAGCAGCUUUACCUGCUCGGUUUGUUCAGCCACGACAGCUUUGAGUGGGAAGCUGUCGUGAACGUCCACAAUAUCUACAUGUGCCGAUCUGCGUCAGGUCGCAUCGGUGCCUCGUGA